ACUUCCGUCGUCCAUUUUCUACUGACUUUUGUUUUGACCUAGACAGGAGCAAGACGAUAACUAAAUAAAACGAUGGCAACCGGAUUAGCAAGGCCGAUUGCCAGAUCGUUAAAGGGGCGAAUGUAUGGUACUGCAGCUUCUGCAAAACCAUCAUUUCAAGGAGAUGACAAAGAGCCUAGGUGCUAUGUGAAGAAAUUAGACAAUGGUAUUGCUGUUGGUACCAUUGAGUCAAGGUCUCCUGUAUCUAGGAUAGCUAUUGUGGCCAAUGCAGGAUCUAGAUAUGAAUCAAGUCAAAACUUAGGUGUUACACAUGUGUUGCGCCACAUUACCAAACUUAGAACCCAGAAUUUAUCAAGCUUAGGCAUCACAAGAAGCUCAACACAGCUUGGAAGUGACAUUACGUGUCAAGGUACAAGGGAAUAUGUAUUUUACAAGAGUGCUGUCACAAGAAAUGUUGUUGGUAAAAUGGUUGAACUUCUUGGUGAAAUAACAACAAAACACCACAUUACACCUUGGGAGUUUGAGGAACUUCAGAGCGAUCCUAAUGGCUUGAAGCUUGACCUUGCUUUACUGAAGACACAGCCAAUCAUUCGCGCCACAGAGGCUCUUCAUGCUGCUGCCUUUAGAACAACACUGGGCAGAUCUCUUUAUGCACCAGAGUUUGCUGUUGGAAAGUUUACCCCAGAUCAGGUGACAAACUACGUAAAAACCUUUUUCACAUCUGGGCGUCUGGCUUUAGUUGGGGUUGGUAUUGAUCAGCAAGAACUGGAGGCCCUGGGUCAAGAGCUAACACCAUAUAAGGCUGUCAGUGUACCUCAGGAGAAGGCAGCUUAUCAAGGAGGUGAGAUUAGGGAGAACUCUGGUGGCGAACUAUCCUAUGUUCUCUUUUCUUAUGGAGGACCAAGCCAAACAAGAAAGGAGCUACUGCCAUCAGAAGUCUUGAAACAUAUACUGGGUAGCGGCCCCCAUAUCAAGUACAGUCUAGGAACUGCCACCUCAGCUCUUGGCAAGGCUGUGCAACAGGCUACUGAUUCUCCUUUUGCUGUAACAGGCUUCUCUACAAGCUACUCAGAUGCUGGUCUCUUUGGCUUCUCAGCUGUUGCUCCAAACUCACACAUUGAUAAGGUUGUAAGAGCAGCAGCCAAGCAGUUUAAAACUGUACUUUCUGGUGGCAUUUCUGAAGCUGAUGUCAGUAGAGCCAAGAACCAGCUGAAGGCAGAGAUGUGCAUGCUGUUUGAGAACCCUGACAACUUGCUGUCCUGGCUGGGUGAGCAGUCCCUCAACUCUGACCAGAUUAUCACACCCCAUGAAAUCUACCAAUUGAUUGAUAAGGUCUCAACAGCUGAUGUCAACGAUGUUGCCAAGAAGAUAGCGGCCACCAAGCCUUCAAUGAGUGUUACAGGAAACACAAACAAUGUACCAUACAUAGACAAUAUUUUCUCUUAAUCUCAAACUUAGAUGUCAGUUACACCUAGCCUAAUCAAUUAGAAUAAAUUUUGUACUGUUGCUGGUUACUGAGGUCAGUUUUGAUUGUUCCAACGUUUGAUUCUGUCUGACUACAACACUGACAGGUCCUCUCACAUUUUUAUGAAGACCGUGAUUUUAAACAAGAAAUUGGUUUUUUGUGUUUUGUUGGUACUUGUGUAUGAGCAAAUUCUGGUGAUGUGAUACAAGGUGUAUGUAACUUAAUAUAUGUAAAUGACAUGUUGUAAAAGACCUUGUGUUUAUCACUGACAACCUAAAGUAAAUACAUUGAUGAUAAAGUGGC